AUGGAAACACCAUUCUCUUCUUUCUUCGCACUAUGCUCUCUUCUUUCUGCAAUUACGUACUGCUGCUUGAUUUACAAUGCAACGUUAUUCCAUAAACUCCGGUGCUUCCUCCUCCCACUGCUGCCCGGUGAUGAUGCACCGCCAACUUACCCUGUCAUUGGCUGCCUGAUUUCCUUCUACAAGAACCGCCACCGUCUGCUGUCGUGGUACACGGAUCUACUCUCUGCAUCACCAACCCAGACGGUGGCGAUACGCCGCCUUGGUGCUCGGAAAACCAUCAUUACGGCCAACCCAGAUAAUGUUGAAUACAUGCUUAAAACAAAUUUCAUUAACUUCCCAAAAGGAAAGCCUUUCACUGAUAUUCUUAAUGAUUUUCUUGGGUGUGGGAUUUUCAACGUCGAUGGAGAGCUCUGGCACGCUCAGCGUAAGUUAGCAAGCCACCAGUUCUCCUCCAAAUCGUUGAAAGAGCAUGUGGAAACCAUCGUGAAGGAAUCUGUAAAAAUGAAGCUUUUUCCGUUACUAGAUUCUCUGGCCGGCGGUAAGGCGGUGGACUUACAGGAGGUGUUGAGACGGCUGGGGUUUGAUAUAGUUUGUAGACUCUCAUCAGGGUUUGAUCCAUGUUGUUUGGGAGAUGAACAUUGUUUCUCCGACGAAGUGGAAAUCUUGAAAGCGUUUGACAAGGCGGGGGAGAUAAGCGCAAAACGGGAGGCAACACCCAUCUCCACCGCUUGGAAGUUAAAGAAAGUGUUGGGAGUUGGGUCGGAGAAAGUCUUAAAAGAUUCCGUGAAAAAGAUUCAUGACUUCAUAAGCAAAAUAGUUGAUGAACGAAAGAAAAACAUAACUAAAUCUGAAAGUAAAGAUUUAUUAAGUAGAAUGAUAAUGGAUGGUGUGAGUGAAGACGUUAUAAGGGAUAUGUUAAUCAGUUUCAUCAUGGCCGGAAGAGACACGACGUCGGCGGCGAUGACAUGGCUUUUUUAUGCACUUUCCCGGCAUUCCCAGGCUUGUCUUUGUGAAACCAUGAGGCUAUACCCACCGGUUGCUUGGGACUCGAAGCACGCCGUCUAUGACGACGUGUUGCCGGACGGGACUCCGGUGAAAGCCGGCGAUAGGGUAACGUAUUUUCCAUACGGAAUGGGGAGGAUGGAGAAGAUAUGGGGGAUGGACCGGUUUGAGUUUAGACCGGACCGGUGGUUUGAUUGUAAGCCGGAUGAGAAUGGAGGGACAUUGUAUUUGAAGGAGGUGUCGCCGUUCAAGUUCCCGGUUUUCCAUGCCGGUCCAAGGGUUUGUAUUGGGAAAGGGCUGGCUAAUGUUCAGAUGAGUUAUGUUGUAGCUUCGAUCGUGAAACGGUUCGAGAUCAGACCGGUGGUUUCAAGGGAGGAGGCGGUGUAUUUGCCGUUAUUGACGGCGCAUAUGGACGGCGGGUUGAAGGUGUUCAUACGGAGGAGACAGCAACGGACUGCUGCCACCUGUCAAGAUAGCAAGAUAAAGAAGAAUUUAUUUGAAAGUACAAGUUAA